AUCUUCCAAAAAAGAACUGUACACUAUUUCAGUAGUAUAUAUUAGUAUUAUGAUUAAAUAAUGCAUCUGCCCGCAAAAUAUCUGAGUGCUGCCCGUUCUCACACGCCCCUCUCUCUCCGACACGGUCAGCUUUUCUCUCUCUCUCCUGAGUUCUGCCUUCCCGGGCAGCUCCAUACAAAUAAAUAUGUGAGACGCGCUUUAUUUCCUCUCUUCAGCCACCACCACCAACUUUCCCGGUGGUGCAGGAGAUGCGCCGCCGCAGCCGCUGCUCCAACUUCUGCAUAUCUAUCUUGAGAGAGAGAGGGAGAAAUGGGUCAGGGGAUGAGCUGCAGUAGUAGUGAGGAGCAGGGGCUGUUCGGUGCAGUGCAGUUCGGGGAUUUGGAGAUGUUUGAAGCCAUUUUGAAAAGGGAUUCAUCUCUCAUUUAUCAUUCUACUGUUUAUGAUCGUAACUCUCCUCUGCAUAUCGCUGCCGCUAACGGCCAGAUCGAGAUUCUCUCAUUGCUUCUCGACCGAUCCGUGAAGCCGGAUGUGUUGAAUCGGCAUAAACAGACUCCAUUGAUGCUGGCUGCAAUGCAUGGAAAGAUCUCUUGUGUUAAGAAGCUAAUUGAGUCCGGUGCCAAUAUUUUGAUGUUUGAUACGCUUAAUGGAAGAACCUGCUUGCACUAUUCGGCUUACUAUGGCCAUUUCGAUUGCCUCGAAGCCAUUCUAUCCGCUGCUCGAACCUCCCACGUCUCAGCUUCAUGGGGGUACUCUCGUUUCGUGAACAUUAGAGAUAGCAAAGGGGCAACACCGUUGCACUUGGCAGCGCGUCAAAGACGCCCUCAAUGUGUUCAUAUAUUGUUGGAUAAUGGAGCCCUUGUCUGUGCUUCGACUGGUGGAUAUAGCUUUCCUGGUAGUACUCCUCUUCAUUUGGCUGCAAGAGGUGGUUCUCUUGAUUGCAUCAGAGAAUUGCUGGCUUGGGGCGCUGAUCGACUCCAAAGAGACGCCUCAGGGCGAAUACCAUAUGUGGUAGCUUCAAGGCAUCGCCAUGGUGCAUGUGCCGCCCUUCUGAACCCUUCGUCAGCAGAGCCUCUUGUUUGGCCGUCGCCUUUGAAAUUCAUCAGUGAACUCAAUCAGGAAGCAAAAGCUCUAUUAGAACAAGCCUUGAUGGAGGCCAACAGAGAAAGAGAAAAAACUAUCUUGAAGGGAACUGUUUACUAUCUCCCGUCUCCAUCAGCAUCCGACUCUGGAAUUGAUGACAAUAUAUCUGAGGCAAGCGAUACAGAUCUCUGCUGCAUAUGCUUCGAUCAAGUUUGCACGAUUGAGGUUCAAGAAUGUGGCCACCAAAUGUGUGCACAAUGCACGCUUGCCUUGUGCUGCCACAAUAAGCCCAAACCAACAACUUCUUGCCCUACUGUGCCGGUUUGCCCCUUCUGCAGGAGCAACAUAGUCAAGCUUGUCGUGAUUAAGCUCAGAGUCGAGAAUGAUAUUGAGCGUGACCUCAACUCCUCAAAGCCACGCAAGUCUUGGAGGUCGCGCAAUUUGAGUGAGGGAAGCAGCAGCUUCAAGAGCCUAUCAGCAGCUGGCUCGUUUGGCAAGAUGAGCCGUGGAUCAGGCAGGUUUGCUGCUGAGGACGAGCUUCUUGAUAAGCCAUUGAGCCUUGAGACGUAGAUACGGGGAUCAAGAACUUCGACUGGGCAAAACAAGCUUCGAAUCCGAGGGCCAGGGGUUCCAAAACUGCCAUGAAGGCAGGUAUACAUAGCUUUCUCUGCAUCUGCUUUGUAGAUUUCAAGAAAAUAAGCAAAUGCAAGUUUGCAACUUUGCAUGUUUUUGAGUUUGGGGUUUAUUUGUUGCUGCUUUGCUACUGUAGUCAUUGGCUUUACUUCCAAAUUCAGUUUUAGGAAGAUAUUCUUUUAAAAUCUUGAUGAUAAUAUUCAAGAAUUGUGAUUCAUUUUGCUGCUGCUAUCCUCUGUAAAAUUCCUUGUUAUUAUAGAAUGCAAGACUUUGUAAUGA